UCAAAUUUUCAUUUUCCCAAAGAGGAAAAAAAUAAAUAAAUGAGCCUCUAUUCCAGUUACACCACCAGCCUCCGUCUAACGCCCAACCGCUCCAACGACUUCUUCUUUUGCUCCCCACAAAGCACUUUCCGCAUCCGCGAAUUUCGCGUUUUCAGACGACGACGCCGUUUCAAGCUUUCCCGCUCCAACCCCGCUCUCCAAAGCCAAUUCAAUUUCUCUUUCGAUAACAACCUUUUCCAGAACCUUUCCUCCCUCGAUUUUCUUGCUCCGGUUUUGAGUCUAACUUCCGGCCUCGCUCUUUAUUUGUCGUCGCGGUUGAAUUUAGCAUCCGGAGAUCGAAACAAUGCCUGCGAAAUUGGGGAGUGGGUUCUGUUCACCAGUCCGGCACCGUUUAAUCGCUUCGUCGUCCUCGGAUGCCCCUCCAUAUCCUCCGAAGGGAGUGAGCUGAGGGACGAUGUGAACGAGAGGCUGGUGAAGGAAGAUAGACAUUUCGUGAGGCUAGAUAGCGGGAGGAUGAUACGGGCGAGUAGAAACAGAGGAGAGGAGCCGAGUGAGUUGGAAUACCAGAGAGUUUGUAUAAACACGGAGGAUGGGGGUGUCGUUUCAAUUGAUUGGCCGGCGAAUUUAGACUUGAGCAAAGAACAUGGAUUGGACACGACGGUUCUGGUGGUCCCGGGAACGGCGGAGGGUAGUAUGGACAAGAAGGUCAAGGCGUUUGUUAAGGACGCUGUUUUUUGUGGGUUCUUUCCGGUUGUUAUGAAUCCUAGAGGUUGCGCUAGCUCACCACUCACCACUCCGCGGUAUGUUGUUGAGUUCUGGAAGUGA